CGCCCUCCCCGCGGGGCCGGGGCUGAGGCCGGCCGGGUGAUAACCCCGAGAGGGAGGGCCGCAGUCUUGGAGCAGCCGUGCGCGAUGGCGGUGUCCUCAGAAGGGACUGCCGCCCCGGCGGUUGAGGCGCCGCUGACCCUGCGGGAAGCGCAAGUCUUCGAGGCCGACUCGGACAGCAGAGCUGGUCGCCUCUCAUUCUGUACAAAGGUGUGUUAUGGCAUUGGCGGGGUUCCCAACCAGGUGGCCUCAAGCGCCGUAGCCUUUUACCUGCAACUCUUCCUGCUUGAUGUGGCACAGAUCUCUGCUGCCCAGGUGUCACUUGUCCUGUUUGGAGGGAAGGUGUUUGGGGCAGCUGCCGACCCUCUGGCUGGGUUCUUCAUCAACAGAAGCAGGAGGACAGGGUCUGGACGACUCAUGCCCUGGGUGCUGGGCUGCAUGCCCUUCAUUGCCUUGGCCUACUUCUUCCUGUGGUACCUGUCCCCCUUCACCAGCCUGCGAGGCCUCUGGUACAUGACCUUCUACUGCCUGUUCCAGGCUCUGGCCACGUUCUUCCAGGUGCCCUACACAGCGCUGAUCAUGCUCCUGACCCCCAACCCCAGGGAGCGGGACUCUGGCACUGCAUACCGGAUGACCAUGGAGAUGGCAGGGACACUGAUGGGCGCCACCAUCCAUGGACUCAUCGUGUCUGGUGCCCACGGGUCCCAAAGGUGUGAGGAGGACACGUUCCCAGGGCAGGUGGCCGUUGCCCCCAGUGCGGCUCGUCUCUACUCCACUGCAGCGGCUGUGGUUGCUGUGACUUACCCUGUGUGCAGUGGUUUGCUCUGCCUCGGCGUGAAGGAGCGGCCAGACCCCUCUGCCACAGCCUCUGGCCAGGGCCUGAGCUUCCUGUCUGGGCUGUGCCUCACAGUCCGGCACCCGCCCUACCUGAAGCUGGUCAUCUCCUUCCUGUUCAUCUCAGCAGCCGUUCAGGUGGAGCAGAGCUACCUUGUCCUGUUCUGUACACACGCCUCCCGGCUACAUGACCAUGUCCAGAACGUGGUGCUAACCAUCCUGGUCUCAGCAGUCCUGAGCACCCCCCUCUGGGAGUGGCUUCUACAGCGAUUUGGGAAGAGGAUGUCGGCCUUCGGUAUCUGUGGGAUAGUGCCGUUUGCAAUCCUGUUGGCUGCUGUGCCCACAGCACCUGUGGCGUAUGUCGUGGCCUUUGUGUCUGGCGUGAGCAUUGCUGUGUCCUUGCUGCUGCCCUGGUCCAUGCUUCCAGAUGUGGUGGAUGACUUCCAGCUGCAGCACCAGCACCAGCAUGGCCCAGGGCUGGAGACCAUCUUCUACUCAUCCUAUGUCUUCUUCACCAAGCUUUCAGGCGCAGGCGCCCUGGGCAUCUCCACUCUCAGCCUGGACUUUGUGGGCUAUGAGGCAGGAGCCUGCAAGCAGGCGGAGCAGGUGGUGGUGACCCUCAAAGUCCUCAUCAGUGCCGUGCCUACCUGCAUGAUUCUCACCGGUGUGUGCAUCCUCAUGGUCGGCCCCACUCCAAAGGUGCCACGUCAGGACACCCCCCGCCCGCUGAGCCUUCGGAGGAGGACCAGCUAUAGCCUCGCUUGAAUUGAGACUUCUGUGAGCCAGGACACAGGAGCAGCAUCUUCUGGGCUCCAAGUUCCCUUUUCAUCUCAGCCCUUCAGCAUCCUUGCUUCACAGUUUACACAUGAUCCAUCUUUUUCCCUGGGAUAUGGAGUCUUCAGUGACUCUCCUGGAAGGAGUGGCCUGGGCUCCAGGACCCCCACCUGUAAUUUCUUGCCUGUUGACCACAGAGCAUCUCAGAUAGGCCUGUGCCCCUGACUACCCAGCUCCAGGCAACCUGUGACCUGUAAAGCAUCCCAGUAGCAACUAUUCCUGGAAGAAGGAAGCCCCUACUAGCCUGGUCUGCAGAAUUCCCAUGGGAGCACCAGGCCCACCAACCUGCUUGGAUGGCAAAGCUACCUGACAGGGCAGACACACAGACUUCCUGUUCCUCCUGACACUCUAGUGGACAUCUGAGAGAGAGGCGGACACCAUGUGAGUGGGCAGAGUGGGGGCAGAGGGACAUGCUGGGAUGUCCAGUUAGGAAAGACACACACAGAUGCAGCGAAGCCAACAGAACCCGGGGCACGAAUGGGGCCAGCAGUCGGAGGCGGGGUACUGGGCAGGGCAUGUGAGGUGAUUCUCAAACCCUUCCCUUAGAAGUGGACAGAGACUGAUACUGAACCACCAAAGAUCAGUCAUUUUUAUGACCAAAAGGCAUUUUUGUGGAAAUAUUUUUCUGAAAUUUUAUCUUACAAAAGCACAGGAAGCACCAUUUUCUAGAAGCCAUGUCUUUGCGGAAGAAAGAUCCACUGAGGUUUAUUUUUUUCAGAAACAAA